AUGGCUGUUGAUCCGGACACAUACAAAAAUAAUGGAGACGUUUCCACUUCCUUCGUUUCCCAAAACGAAAAAAGAAGAGAUUAUGAGUGGCAGAUAGUUUGGAGAAAUGUGUUGGCGUUUAUUUAUUUACAUGUCGGAACACUUUACGGGCUCUAUCUCAUUUUCACUGGACAGGCUAAGAUCGUCACAGUAUUUUUCGGCAUUUUCUUUGCUAUUACUUCAGCGAUGGGAGUGACAGCCGGUGCCCACAGAUUAUGGGCGCAUCGCGCAUACAAAGCCAGAUGGCCUCUAAGAUUGUUUUUAGCCGUCCUACAGACGAUGGCUUUUCAGAACCAUAUCUACGAAUGGGUACGAGAUCAUAGAGUCCACCAUAAAUUCACGGAGACGGAUGCAGAUCCACACAACGCGAAACGAGGGUUUUUCUUCUCGCACAUCGGGUGGCUGAUGGUUCGUAAACAUAAAGACGUUUUCGAAAAGGGCGCACAAGUGGAUAUGUCGGACCUGGAAAAGGACCCCAUUGUUAUGUUUCAGAAAAGGACAUAUCUAGUAGUUAUGCCGCUACUAUGCUUCGUCCUGCCCGCCUGGAUGCCAGUAUUGUUGUGGAACGAGACUCCAUGGUCAUCAUGGUACGUGGCGUCCAUACUCCGGUACACGCUCACACUACACUUCACUUGGUUGGUUAACUCAGCGGCUCAUAUCUGGGGCAACCGGCCAUACGAUAAAUACAUAGGAGCCACCGAUAAUAAGACUGUAGCCAUUCUUGCGUUUGGAGAAGGCUGGCAUAACUAUCACCACGUCUUUCCCUGGGAUUAUAAAGCGGCGGAGCUGGGAAACUACAGCACAAAUAUGUCAACUGCAUUAAUAGAUUUUGCUGCUAAAUAUGGGUUGGCAUACGAUUUGAAAACAGUAUCCGCAGAGAUGAUAAGAAAGCGAGUUCGAAGGACUGGGGACGGUUCCCACCCCUAUGGCCACCAGAGCAAGGACGUCCACGACCAUAAUCACCCUGAAAAUCCUGUCUGGGGCUGGGAUGAUACAGAUAUGCCAGACGAAGAUCGAAAAUGUGCUGAAAUUGCUCACAAAUUAGACUGA